AUGACCAAGUACGCAACAUUGCUCAAGGGGAAACUACAGGAGUUACUGGCUGAGAGAGGACUUCCCACCGAUGGAACCAAGGACGUAUUGGUGGAGAGACUCGAGGAGAGUGACAAAAUAGCCGCUGAGCUCGACCAAGAUCUCGAAGAGCCAGUUGCAAAUUCAAGUCAAGGUGCAACUACCGACAAGAAUGUUGAAGAUCAAACAGUACCAACUACUAAUGAUGCUACUGUCACUGAUGCUACGACUACACCGACCGCCGUCGGCGAUGCUACCGAGUCUUUACAGGCGCGGGCCGUCAAGCUUCUCGAGGGGAAAAUAGCGCGCGUCAGGCGGUUUGGCGACGAAAGUAGCGCGGUAGCGCUCCAGAAACAACUUGCAAGGGUUGUCCGGUUCGGGGUCACGCCCGGCUCCGCCCUUGCAUUAGAGGUGGAAGGCCCUCCAACAGUUAACGGUGAUUCCCCACUACACCAUGGACACAGCCAUGGACAUGGGCACCACCACCACCAUCACGGCCACGGCCACGGCCCCCACGGACGCCGUGUAGGGUACGUGCGCAAAGUCCGCGAAACUGCCAAAGUACACAAAUAG